UUUAUUUGUUCCAUUCCGUACCCCACGUGGUUGCUCUCGAUUUAGGCUUCUCUUCAUUCACACUUUCAUUUCAACUGUUCUCCAAAUGGUGGAGAUGUGAACGUAAAUCCCCAGAUAAAAAACUACCACAUAUCUGUUGUUAUUCCAUUUCUGUCACUAUUAAAGAACUGAGUAGUGCAAUCCAAAUCAGCCAUGAAAACGGCCACAACUUUCCGCGAUGAUCCGAAACAGCAAAAGGCCGACGCUAUUUUACUUUCGAAAGAUUGCGUGACCUACCAGGAAAUGAUUUGGAAUUUUCGAUACUGCCGUUAUUUUAAGAUAUGCUGGAUCUGUGCGCGGUUCAUUCCAGAGAGCUUUUGGCAAAUUAGGGUUUCGGAAAUGAAGAAGGAACGAGUCUACUGGAACGGAUAUUUGAUUACCAGAGAUCCUCAGACUCACAAAAUCCAGAUAAUUAGGGAUUUCCCACCUCCACCAAGGCGGGGGAAUGUUAAAAGGGGCAUUUUUAAUUCCUUGGUUGCGGGAACGACUGCCGUUGUCUCAGACGUUUUCUGCUACCAUCGUCGCUGCAGCUUCUGCUUAUCGCGCAAUUCCAUGACCUACUUGUCUGCAGGUACUCCAUGAAUGGGAAACGUGUUCUGGUACUACAGGCUUGGGGAUUUUGGGCUCCUUGGGCGUAAGGGGUUUUGUUAUGUAGUUUUACAAUUGUGUGAUUGGAACUUGGGUUGCAGGGUUUGUUUUAUAGCUGUACAACUGUGUGAGUUGCGGGACUGGAACUUGGGUUGCAGGGGUUUGUUUUGUAGCUGUGCUGCCGUGUGAGUUGUGAGACUUGAACCUGGGUUGCAGGGGUUGUACGGUUCUCUGUGUGGGGCUGGAAUUUGGGUUGCAGGGAAAUGUUUUACUGUUCGAUCGUUGUUUGAUUCGAAGUAUUUUACCGUAUUUUAUGUUCA